AUGAACAUUUACGCACGCAUCCAGUCAAACAUAAUGUCCUGGAAACACGACACACCGCUUCCAACCGACGUACCAGCAGAUCCAAAAUUCCAGUCCUGGCACCAGUUCGACGCCAACUCGCAGCAGUGGGAUCCAGUCAGCGCGAAUGAAAAUGCAGAACCAGAACCAGCACCAGCACGCACCGGCGACACACCAUCCGAUCUAGUGCUCUUAACAUGGAACAUCGACGCAUUAUCCGAGCGAACGCAAGAACGCGUCACCGAGAUUCUCGCCUUCAUCACCCAACUAGACGCCAAGGUGGACAUCAUCUUCUUCCAGGAAGUAUCACAGCGGGCUCUGCGACUAAUCCUGAGCGAUGAACGUAUUCGCGAAUCGUGGUUCUCAACCGAGCACGAGAAUACCUCGUGCAGACAGUCCUUCACGACCAUGACAUUAGUAUCCAAGUCACGAUUUACAUCACAAAGCUCCGAGAAAAGCAGGUUCGCUCUCGGCCCUGUUUGGAGAGUCGCCUACCCCAGUCACUUUGGUCGCGAUGUGCUAUUCUGCGAUCUAUUCGUUCCGUCACGCACAGACGCCUCUUCUACACGAGUACGGCUUGCAAACGUCCAUCUGGACUCCCUGCCUAUCAGACCUUCCCACCGACCCCGGCAACUCUCCAUCGUUUCCUCUUUCCUGCGCAGUGCAGGCCGUGGUCUGGUCGCUGGCGACUUCAACCCUGUUCUGGAUGAAGAUGCCGUUCUCAUUGAGACCAAUGGUCUUACAGAUUCCUGGGCAGUCCUUCGUCCCGAGGAACCGGGGUAUACAUGGGGAGCGGAUGGGAAGAAGCGGUUUCCGCCGAAUCGGAUGGAUAAGGUCGCCUUGCUUGGUCUCGAGGCGCGGGGGGAUUAG